CGAAAAAUUUUACAUCAGAAGAGUUCAGUUUUAUAUUCAAUAUGGACUAGAGAUCAACAAAAUGGAGAAAGUGGAGUUUGAUAGCAUUAAAUCCCAGGAAACAGAGCUUACUGGAAACCUUCCAGAAACUGAAAACCAGUCUUUGCAGAAGAGGUUCUGGACUUGGUUGUCAUUGCAUGACUCUGACUUAUCACUCACCGUCUCCGAGCAGUUCCUCAUUAAUCAGGAUUUACAGCCAGUGUUUGAUGAACAUGAGAGACCAUGGAGCUGGUAUAAUUUUGUAUUCCUUUGGGUUAGCGAGUCCUUCAAUAUCAAUACCUGGCAAAUUGCAUCCACUGGUGUUCAGGCAGGACUGUCAUGGUGGGAGUGUUGGAUCUCUGUGUGGUUGGGAUAUUUCUUUCUCUCCGUAUUUGUUUCAAUAUCCCAAAGGGUUGGUUCUCAUUAUCACAUCUCCUUCCCUGUUAGCUGCAGAGCAUCAUUUGGUACAUUUGGAUCCAUUUGGCCUGUCUUGAACAGAGUUGUCAUGGCUUUCGUCUGGUACUCAGUGCAAGCAUGGUUGGGAUCUGAGUGUGUCCAGUUAAUGCUAAAGUCUAUCUUUGGUGCAGACUUGGAUACUAGAAUUCACAAUGGAAUACCAAAUUCUGGUACUACAACUUUCCAGUUCAUGUGCUACUUUUUAUUCUCAUUGUUUUCCCUACCUUUUAUCUAUUGCAGACCUCAAACUGUCAGACACCUGUUUACAGCUAAAGCUUACUUCUGUUCUACCGCAGGUAUUGCUUUCUUAGUGUGGACUAUUGUUCGUGCUCAUGGAAUUGGCCCUGUUAUCCAUGAACAAACGGCUUUAUCAACCUCGGACCAUGCUUGGGCUUUCAUAAACUCCACAAUGAGUUCUCUAUCCAAUUUCUCAACCUUCAUCCUCAACGCUCCAGAUUUCUCCCGUUUGGCAAAAAGACCAAAGGAUUCUUCCUUAUCACAAUUUGUUGCCAUUCCAAUAUGCUUUGCCACAACAUCGCUCAUCGGUAUUUUGGCAUCUUCUGCAUCAAAGAGCUUGUAUGGCGAGGUAUACUGGUCUCCACUGGAUCUGUUGACCCGUUAUGUGGAAGAUUACACACCAGGUGAUCGUGCUGGUGUCUUUUUCAUAUCUGCUGCCUUUGCUUUAGCUCAGGUUGGUACAAACAUAUCUGCAAAUUCCAUCUCUGCGGGGACUGACGGUUCUGCUCUUCUCCCUAGAUUCAUCAAUAUCAGACGUGGUGGAUUUGUAUGUGCUGCUGUGGCCUUUGCCAUUUGUCCAUGGCAUUUCAUGUCUUCAAGUGCAAACUUCACAACCUAUCUUAGUGCAUAUUCUGUGUUCCUUAGUGCUAUUGCCGGUGUCAUUGCUGCAGAUUACUUGGUUGUUAGAAGAGGGUAUAUCAAUGUCUUCCAUCUGUAUCAACACGGCGCAGACAAGAACUAUUCAUACAAUAGAUUUGGCAUCAAUUGGAGGGCAUAUGCAGCUUAUAUCUGUGGUAUUAUGCCAAAUGUUGUUGGAUUUGUCGGUGCUUGUGGAGCAAAGGUCCCUAUAGGUGCCACCUAUGUUUAUAACGUCUCUUUCUUCUCUGGUUACUUGACGUCCUUUGGAGUCUACUGCCUUUUGGUUUACUUCUUCCCGGUUCCUGGUAUGCCUGAAAAGGACUUCUUGAAGAGAAGAGGUUGGUACGAAAGUUCUGGUAACUAUCAAGUUGAAUACUUCUACGAUGAGAUCAAGUACGAUCACCCAAAUGAUUUUAUCAAAUCUCAUGGGAAGCUGUUCGGUUAAUGUACAUAAACGCUAUCAAAACUAUCCUUACCAUAACCAUAACUAAUGAUAAUAAUGAC